UGUUUAGUGUGGCGCCAUACAUUGAAAAAUUUUGUUGGACAACAUCGUAGGUUGUAUCUAGAGGUAGCACCCGUAGCAUUAGUCUAACUUCGGGUGUGUUUUCUGACGCAUGUAGUGUUUCUCUAAAAGAAUUCAAGCGACUGAACAAGACAAUAAGGUCGAUCUGCACAUGGUGCAGCUGUAGAUAUACAUAAACACCAACAUGCUGUAAUGAGUUACUAAUACCAUAUAUUUAUUUAGGUUACCUGCGUUUGUCACUGGUUCUCAUGAUAGUUCAACAGAAGUCUCCCAUGCACACCAUUAUUUACUUCAGUCAAUUUAAAGUACGAAUAAGAAACUCAAUGUAUUUGAUACAUUUUCAUAGAAUCAAUGGAGCCUUAAAUGAAGAUUCAACGUUCAAACCUGAGUUUCAGGUCUUUAGCCGCUGCAUUAAUAUAAGAUUUAUCGUUAUUGUGGCAAAAUUCAAAUCCAAGUCUCGUAAUUCAGCCGUAAAAUCUGACUUAAUCAAAUUAGGAAAGCAGAUGAAGCCUAUGUAUAAUGAUUUAGUAGAGAAAAGAGUGCCUAAACCUACAGUCUGCGGGUUGUUAUGUCAAGGCAAAAAUUUAAACACAUAUGUAAUGGCCUAGUAUCUAUUUUCAUUUCCAGGCUUAAUUUCUUCUCUAAAUAAUACAAACAGAAUACCGCUCUUGAAAAUGUCAAAAAAAAAAAAAAAAAAAA